GACUGAUCCGGGGUGCCCUCCCCUUUGGGCUGGCGCGCCGGGAGCUGGCGUGUCUGAUCCGGGGUGCCCUCCCCUUCGGGCUGGCACGCCGGGAGCUGGCGUGUCUGAUCCGGGGUGCCCUCCCCUUUGGGCUGGCACGCCGGGAGCUGGCGUGUGAGGGGUACCCGCUGGAGCUGCGCUGCCCCGGCAGCGACGUCGUCCUCGUGGCCGACGCCAACUACGGACGCACCGACGACAAGAUCUGCGACGCCGACCCCGGGCAGAUGGCCAAUGUGCAGUGCUACCUGCCCCAGGCACACCCCAUCAUGGCCCAGAGGUGCAACAACCGCACUCAGUGUGUCGUGGUCGCCGGAUCCGACGCCUUCCCCGACCCCUGUCCUGGCACCUACAAAUACCUGGAGGUGCAGUACGACUGCGUGCCCUACAACCCCACAGCCCCUGUCCCAGCACCUACAAAUACCUGGAGGUGCAGUACGACUGCGUGCCCUACAGUGAGUGCUGCCCUCAUCCUAUAGACCCCAUAGCCCUGCCCCACGGCCCUACAGACCCCACAGACCCCACAGACCCCAGAACCCUGCCCCACAGCCCUACAGACCCCACAGCCCCCACAGCCCCUGUCCUGGCACCUACAAAUACCUGGAGGUGCAGUACGACUGCGUGCCCUACAGUGAGUGCUGCCCUAAAACCCCUGACCCCAUAACCCAGCCCAACGACCCCACAGACCCCACAGCACUGCCCCAUGGCCCUACAGACCCCACAGACCCCACAGAUCCCACAGCCCCUGUCCCGGCACCUACAAAUACCUGGAGGUGCAGUACGACUGCGUGCCCUACAGUGAGUGCUGCCCUAAAACCCCUGACCCCACAGACCCCACAGACCCCACAGACCCCAGAACCCUGCCCCAUGGCCCUACAGACCCCACAGACCCCACAGCCUCCCUGUCCUGGCACCCCUGAGGUGCCCAAUGACUGCCCUGCCCCAUGGCAGGUCCUGCCCCAUGGCACCCAUGGAGACCCUACUGGGACCCACAGCACCCAUGGGGAUCCCAGAGCACCCAUGGGGAUCCCACAGAACCUACAGAGACCCCUCAGAGAUCCCACAGCACCCCCAGGGACCCCACAGCACCCACGGGGACCUCAGAGCACCCACGGGGACCCUACAGGGACCCCACAGCACCUCCAGGGACCCCAGAGCCCCCACAGGGACCCUACAGGGACCCCACAGCACCUCCAGGAACCCCAGAGCACCCACAGCACCCAUGGGGACCUGUCGGGGACUCCACAGCCCCUCCAGGGACCCCAGAGCACCCACAGCAGCCAUGGGGACCCUACAGGGACCCCACAGCACUCACAGAGACCCCACAGAACC